CCUUUUUCUUCAAAAGCAUUUUAUCUCUCUUUCAUCCAGGUUCACGAUCUCGACCACCGUCGACUUUCUCUUAAAUACACGUAUACCAUGCAUAUUACGAUAUAUACGCACACGGUCGAACCAACGCAACGCGGAACGAAGAACGUACGAACGAAAAAAAUGAAUUCCGUAUGUGCAGCGUAUUUUUUCAUCCUACGUGUAAUUUCUCGUCGUCGUUCCUACGAGGGAUAGUUGCACACCGUCGCGGCGCCGCGUGUUGCAAAUCAAAAUAUUAUACCGACGAACGUGAGACAACGUCGCGUUGUUUCGCGUAUAAUUAUUUUGCUUUUUUUUUCUUAUCAGCGAAACGGGAUGCUCGAUUGAGAUAAGACUCCUAAUACGAUCGACUCGUCGACUCUAACCGAGACGCGGUUGAAGUCAAGGGCGAGAAAAACCGCGAUGCACCGUUGCCCGGUAAAAGGCGGAAAAAAAUCUCAGCGAAAUCGCACCGAGUGCUUCGCAUGUCCGAACAAAUUCGCGAUUCGAAACGAUGAAAAAUCGUGGAUCUUAUUUUCCCGGAUCGUUGACUUCACGUCCGGUCGAUAUAUCCGCGAAAAUUACGCGCGAUUUUUAUCGACGACAAAAUUUGACGGUCACCGAUUGAUUGUUACCGCCGAUCGGAUCUCCGCCGAUGAGAUUAAAACACGCGCGGUGUUGCGGCAUCGUUCGCUGGAAAUAUUUGAUCAAUCGUCGGAUGAGUCGCCGAUGAUUAUGUGAAAAAGUAUCACCGGUCAUUGAGAGAUAAAUUUCCGAAAAUACGUUUUGGAAAAGAGAGAGAAAAAAAAAAACAAGGAGAUCGUUGAUUCGCCGUUGCGUGAACUUGAGCUCCAGGGUCUCUAUACGGGUAGAGCCAGUAGCUGGUGACAAAUUUAAAAGUAACUAAAAAUACCGCACAUCGGGGUUGUUACACAAGACUUUUUGGGUCCAGUGCAUACGGGAAUAAAUAGACGUUACCUAUACCAACCAUAUGCAAUUCUUGCAAUGGUGUGCGCGAAAAUGUGCGUUCUUUGUUCUAAUUGGUUUCUGAGACGUUCGCUACGAAAGGAUUAACCCCGUUAGACUAUAGCUCGUGAAUAGCGGGACGUGGUUCGAUUUUUUCGUCGCCUAAAAUCAAUCGGCAAUCGCACGGAUUCGCCGCAAUCGUAGAAUUUUCCGGGAUGUGGAGAUCGGAUCGGGGAGUGUAAAUUUCGAUAUCUUUCACGAUCCGUUCGGUUACGUAAAACAUGAUCCACCGUGCAUAGGAGUCCGGCUGCAGUUCUUAACUGUACUUAGGAGCUUAAAAAAAGUAAAGCAAACGUGAGUUUGUUGGCUUCUUCUGGUUCGUAGGGAGAAACAUUAGACGCUUUUCUUGGGUGACGGGUAUAUCAAUUUGAAAAUACAUGUGUGUUAUAAACAUAUGUAGUAAGAUAGGAUGUAUAACUUUCAAGUAACGAGUAUAUACAUAUGUGUAUGUAUAUAUAAUACGAGUAUCAGAAACGAAGGACGAACAUUGAUCGUUUGAACGCCCCCGGAAAAGAAACCAAGAAAAUAAAUCCUAUACGGAGACCGAUGUACGCCGUCACGCGCGCUCGGGUGUUCACUGAUCGCUCCAGUGAUUUCAAACGUCCUUUUGUCACGGCAUGUACUACAAUGGCUCGAUUCUUCGUGUUUCGUUUUUUUUUAUUCUCCCCCUGCUUUUUAUUUUUUACUAUUUUUUUUUUUUGUUUUUUUCUUACUUCUUUUCGUUCUAUUCACUUUCCGUCAUCCGUCGUCGUAGAGCGGCUAAUUGAACGCGGACCGCCGUUCUCUCGCGCGCUAUCCUUAGAGUCAAUUAGACCACACGAAGGAGUUGCAUCACUGAAUCUAUUUUCGUUUAAUUUUCUUUCUUGGAGAUCCAACAUCGCGAGAGAUCUUCAGACGCUCUUAUCUCCGCUCGUUGAACGAAAACAAUGAAAGGAACGUCGCAAAUUUUUCCAAAGUGCGAAUCUUUGUAACGUUGAUAUAGAUGAAAUUUUCGCGAGUCAUCGCUCCUCGAAAUUGCUAUCAGAUCGAUCAAGAUUUCGAAUCAAUGGAUUAUCAGACCCUCGAGAAAUUGAAGACGAUCGAUCGAACGAACGUCGCCCGAUGCAGAUAAAAUUUUGUCCGGGAUCGUUAAACGGACCGAUUUAUUGUUGAGGUAUGAUAAAAAAAGCGCAAACAUCAAUUGAAGAGAAAAGAAAUCCAAAUUGAAAUAGAGCGUCAUUUGUAUUUUCCGUGUACGUACGUAAGACCUUGAAAUCUUGAAAAAGAACUUUUGAAGCCUUGGAAGUGGCGCCGAAUCGCGGAACGUCGUUGAAUCUUUCGGUCAGUUGAGAGUACGCGUGCACCGGCAAACGAUGAUGAUUGUUGUAAAGUAAGCACCGUAUGGGUGUACGUACGUGCGUGCGUACAAACGUAUGUGGAUCAUUUCAGCGAACUGAAACUCAAAACCGUAUCCCUUGUAAUCUCUAAACACCAAAAUAUUAUCGACGUCAACGAUGCGAGCGAAAUCUAAUCCCGACGACCGCGGAUCGUCUGGAUCGGAAUUGAAUUCCGCGCGGCGGAAUGAAAAAAAAUUCCAAAAUUCUUUACGAUAGUUACUUUUUGAAAAAGCGAAAACAAAAAACAAAUCCACAAUGACGAUUUAACGUGCUAGGGGAAUCGUACGUACGAAGUUAAAUAUAUCUAGGAUAACAUAACGCGAGAUCUAUAGUCAUAGUUUGCAUAUAAUUUCGCGGUUUUUGAGUGCUCGUGCACCGGUGAGACGUCGUCGUCGUCGUCGUCGUCUGGGAUUUACAGUCUCCUUUGGUGCCGUUCGCGUCUGCGUUACCAACUCACGCCCACCGCACAUUCAAAUUCUUUUAUAAUAGAUCAAGCUAUAUCGACACCACACCCAUGUAAAUAUAUAUGUAUAUAUACAUAUGUAUGUGUAUACGUAUAUAUUGGUAAAUAGAAAUUAUUUCAUACACACGCGAUAUUUCCGACAAACGUUGUAUUAUAUCACCAGGAACAUCAUUUAGGUGCACGUGAACCGACGUUCCUACCAUCCGUAUGGAGUAUCACAUAACAAUUUUAUGCAAGUGUAAGAGGAAAUAAAAAAAAAAAAAAAUGAAGAAAAUAAAGCCUGCUCUCUCGUCGAGAGAUCAAUUUUCAUUGCCAUUGAUUGAACGAAUAAUUCACAUUUCUUUAGAUCACUUAUGGUAAUUUCAAUAACGACGUUAAUUCAACCCCUAUAGACAAUUGACACGGUGCAAUAAGUAAAUACUCUCUGGUUAUUUAUCGUUGCAUUAGCUACGACGACAUGCGAUCUUAAUUUUAGAACCAAUGAAGAUGAAAAAUAAGAGCGGAGAAAAAAAUGAAUAAAGAAGAAAAAAAAAAAAAAAAAACCGCUCAUAUAUAAUGCAAGAUAUUUGCGUAUUUUGAUCACGUGUUGAACAACGGCUACUGCGAAACUUAUUUAUGUUAACUCUUCCUAUACCUAUACGUAACAUUUUUCGCCGCUCGUACCGACGCGUCGUACAGGGAGUUUUAUUUGGUUUCUUUUUUUACCGAUCGCUGUUAUUCAAAUAGACCGUUCUCGAUCGGUUUUGUAAUAUGACGAGAAAAUGAUGAAAAAAUAUACCAACUUUUACCGAAAAAGCGUUGCUGUUUGCGAGUAAUCGUGAAAAUUCAUUUGUCAUAACUCGAGGCAAUUUCUCGACCGAAGUUUUAUCCUUGUGGUGACUAUUAUAUAGCCUCUGGAUAAAAUCAAUUUUCGUUCGCAACAGCGAUCGAUCAAGAUAUCGGAAAAAUUCUUCGACUGGAUAGGGUCGAAUACGCGACAACUGCCCAUUCCUAUUCCUAGUUUAGCUCUUCGGCGUAUACUAGCGGCGUUCCAGUCCUCCUUGAAAUUUGUACAAUUUCAUUGAAACCGAGCGAAAAAUUCAUAGCUCAUUAACGACCUUUCAUUAUAAAUACGCGAGGUCGAGUUAUUUCAGAAUUCUAAUUGCGAUUCGAUCGAUUUUAUUUAACAAUUGAAAAAAGUCUCUUCCUUCUUUUCCCGUUUCGACGUACAUCGAUCACCGAACGUCAUAACUUUACACCAGUUCAAAUAAACUCACCGUCAUAUACACACACAACCGCUCAAAAUGAUACGGAUAGGUGUAUGACGUAAUUUUUCACAAUCAAAUAUGGUUCGAAUCUGUUCGUCACGAUUCAACUCGCGCAACGUCAUCCUAUACACGUAUGUAUCUACAUUAUAUCAUAUUAUAUCGUUGCGAUUAUCAUGAUUUGUUUUUUUAUCUUUUUUUAUUCUUCCCAACUCGUUGCCAAUCUCGAAUAGUUUGUUACGGAUACUUAUGUCGCGGGUGCACGAGCACUCGCUAUAUAACGCGGAAUCGUUGGAAUGAUACAUGCAUGCAUGUGAACCGUACCUGAUCAAGUACGCGGAAGAAUAAUCGGACGUAAAAAUAAAUGUACUAAUGGAUUUUAUCGAUCGAGAUCGGGUAUUUUAAACUCGAAGGUUCGUAACUCGCGUCCACCGAUGAUUAAAUGGCUACCAUAUGAUAUUGACGAAUUUUAUUAGCGCGUAAGCGGGACGGGGUGUCAAAAGUCUGAGAAAUCCGGAUCGAUAAUUGCGCCCGAGGGACGAGAUAAUUUUAGACCUAGUCACUCGAUAAAUUUAAUGCCUUAUCAUCCACGCUCGGAGGUUCGUUAAACUUGAACUCCAUGGAGAACGACUGUAACUCUCAUCGUUUAGAAAAUGAAAAAAAAAAAAUAACAAAUUAAUUGAAAUCAGACUGCACACGUCGAUCGAUACUCAAUGUAUACUGAAAACUUGUGAUUUCUGGCGCGACGUCUCCGUUCAUUCGUUGAAAGAGAAAAAGAUAGAAAAAAAAAAAAAAUUCUCUCACAAUCAGUGAAGUCUCAUCGCGAUACAUUCAUAUAGUGAUUCGAUGGAACGAUGUCAGGUCUCAGAUGUUUAAAUGGGCGGACAUCUCUCGAAGGGAAUGAGAAGAAAAAAAAAAAAUAACAAAGGGAAGGGUGAGGAGAGAAAGAUAUGCAAUGGCCAAUUACGGGUCAAGGGUCAACGGUUAAAGAGGUGGACGCUGUAGCGUAACGCGACUAAUGUGAGACCGACGAAGAAGUUGACGUAGUUACAAAAGAGGUCCCAGACCGCACGAUCGUCAUCCGCUCCUCGAGUGCGUGUAGUACAGAUAAUAAAAAAAAAAACAAAAAAAACUGUACCAUGAGAAAGUUGAGUCCCCGAGCCCUGUCCCUAAAAAUAGCUGAAGCGUGCAUCGAGCGGUCAAUGACAUGCCUUCAGGAUGGAAAAUUAGCGGUCCCCGAAUCCCCGACGAACGUUGAUUCGGAUCGGAAAAUUCACGUUGACGAUAAUCGUGCGGCGAACCCGCGUCGUUUGUCGGCGGACGGAAGAUCGCCGUCGAUGGGCAAUUUUAGGGAAAAAUCGAAGGGACAACGUUCGACGAGACGUCAACGUUACGGUAAACGUCUCGCCAUCAGUUUCGAUUCAACCCUGAUCGCUAACUGCAGAUCCGACAACCCGACGUCGGCGGUUCAAGUUUCUUCCGUGGUCACUUUGACGCCGACACCGAGUCCGCUUCGGGGACCGCAGUCACAAUUUUGGGACGUUACUUCCUCGUCCGGAUGCUCUUCGGACUCCGGAUCGUAUUUCGAUUCCGAUUCCGAGGAUGACGACGUUGCGCCCGGUCAAUUUAACGAACCCUUCGUUAGCAAAUACGACGAGGACGCCGAGGAGGACAAAGAAUUCGCUAUGUCAGCGGACGAGGAGGCUGCCCUGAGGAUGACCGUUGGUCGCGGUCAUUUCAGUAGAUCGAAAAAAGACAGAUUUCUCAAUCACUUGAGGCUGGAAAAAAGGCUGAAUAUAUUGAACAAUACUUUUUGCAAUGCGGCCAAUAUCGAACGCGGACGUGGCAAGAAUAAUGGAAGACGUUAUUCCGGCGAUCUUUACAGGAUCACUUAUUGACCUCUAAGGUACCUAACUACGUUUUUUUUUUUCCUAUAAGCUGUUCUUGAAGAGUGAUACAAGCAAUAAUAAUAAUAAUAAUAAUAAUAAUAUCAAUGAUGAUAACACGGUUGUGCAAUUGCGCAGUACAGUCGGCAAUCGCAGACAAAUAAGCAUACAGGUAUUAAUAAGAUGAUUGUGGAAUUUUAUCUCCUUUUUUUUUUUUAUUUCAAAUUUUCUUCAUUGUUUGGAAAACGCUUAUUAUACUGCAAUGUGAUUCACGAUGCUUUAAGUGCUUUAACAUAUCAUGAAAAUCCAAUAAUUGUUCGUUAAUUUAUCGAUAAUUAUAAUUAAUGUAAGUUUUUAUAGUAAUUAGCGCGAUGCGUGUAGCCAAAAAAAAAAAAAAAAAAAAUGGAAACAAAACGUGAGCAAGAAAUUUGCGCAAUUCAAUUUCAAAACUCAAAUCGCGCGAAAUCACAAUUAGUCGUAAUACCAAACAAGUUUUUACACUCAUUUGUGCCAUAAAUUAUACAAUGUAGAUGUGAAAGAUCGUUAAUUUUCAUGUAAACUUUAUUAUUCGGAGUUUGAAAACAAAAUCAUCUUCUCAAAUGAUAAAAAUGAAAAAAAAAAAAAAUUCUUUCAUGAAUCUCAGAAUCAUGGGAGACGCUGAAUUAUAGAAAGUCAGGUUUUAAUGGAAAUUUUUUUGAUUUUCGUUCCGCGAAGCUGGAUCAAAUUUUUCUAUUGUUUUUACUAUUUUGCUGAUUCGAUUUUUUACCCCGCGAAUCACGCAUUGAAUCGUAAGAAUCAAGAUUUUAUUCAAUAAACGUAUUAGAAUCGUGUAAAAUAUUUCGUAAGUUAUAGGAUUCAUGCUAGUAGUGCAAAGAAUAGUGAAUAAUGGUCGAACGACUAUUUUCAAUCGUAUUUCGAUCGUUUUAAAGUAAAUAUGUACAAUUUGAAGUUUCUAGAAGAAUUUAAGAUGAUUAUGAUCGUCGUAAAAGUGAUAAGCAAAAAAAAGAAUAUGCAUAUGUAUAAGAAUAUAAUAGACGCGAAAAAGACUGCAUAAGAUACAGCACCGUAAUGUGUCUAAGGUCAAAUAUUGUGACUAUAAUAAUUGUAGAUUCUAUUGAUGUAUCCAAAAUAUUGUGUGGAAUUGAAUUGAUUGGAAAAAAAAAAAAAAAAAACCU